CUUUAUUAUUAACGAUAACCGUUUAGUGUAUACACUUUGAAUCGGGUCAAGGAAGGUAUCUAUCGUUUCGCAAUAAAAGUACUUCAGUGAUAAGUGUAAUCUAGUGAAAUUAGUUCCGUGCUCAGAUAGAUAACAGCGUACUUCUACUGGUGUGUAUUAUGUCCAAAACUCGAUCAAAGACACGAGCCGCAACAGCUGUCAACCGUUCGGAAUUUGCUGCGGAGUGUGUGGGUGGUUGUGGCGGCAACGGCGGUGCACCCACUCGGCUGGGAAAGCGUUCCUCCUGUGUUUUACAAUCCAGCAGCAGCAGCAGCAGCAUCUCGAACGAAGAUGACUCCGAGCAGCGACAGCUGGUAAAAAAGUUCCGCACGGAGCUGCAGAUCGACGACGACAGUAAAGUGCGGUCAUCGCGACGUUUGCAGAACAUCACCAACAUCGUCGAUCAACAACCCGUCGAAGUGGCUGGAAGAAAGCGGAAGAUUGCGUCGAAAAAGACGGUCGCGGAGGAGCCAAGUGAAAAUGGGCCGGUCGAAGCGAAGCGAGUAAAAGAAGAUGAGGUGGACGCGAUAGUGGAAGGUAUAAGCAAGCUGAAGGAUGUUUUGGGGCGGCAUUAUUUUGAUGUCGGUAAUCGGGUCAAUCUGGAUGAUGUUCCUGGCUGCUUGAGGAACGUCGGACGGUGUGCCAAGUUGCACGCCAUGCGAGCCAAUCAAGCUCGGAAGGUAAACCAACGCAUUCAACAGGACACCCGAGAGAUGCUGGUCGAGCAUCGCCCUUUACAUUUUCUCGGAUUCAUAGAACAGGCGCUGCUUCGGAACGAGUUCAUCGAUGGGCCGCUGUUCGUGAAAUCCUUGGAGCUGAUUUUGACCAUUAACGAACCAUCUGAUCAGCUGAAUGCCAAUUACAGUGUCCGGUCGGUGCUCCUGCAGACGGUGGACAUUCUCGAUCGAACGGUGGACCAAUUUCCGCCCUGUUGGUUGGAUUUGAAGCGUGCCUAUCAACGCGUAGUAUUUGGAGUUUUGGAAGAGGAAUGCUUCGAGCGGUAUGAUCGGAGCGAGGGCCUGUUCAAAGUAGUUCUGUUUUUGCUGGAGCAGCUCGUGGAAAGUCAACAGAACAGUGGUAAGGCAGGCAAUUUGAGCAGGACGUUUAGCAACAAUGAACGAUCGCUAGCGAAUUUCCAUCUGUGGGAACAAGCGAACAUUCAGAAGUACGAUUUUGACGCGCUAUCUCGUGAGGAGAAGCUGGAUCGACUGUUUCUUGUGCUGCGAAUAUUGGUCAAAAUUUUAGAAUAUGAUUUGACCAUGUGGAUUGUGAGGCACCCACAUAACGUGAAAGAGAAUAUGGUCAACUCCAAUCGGAUGCCUCUCAUUGCAAGCCUCUUGUGGAACGAGAACUCAACCAUUGGUGAAGUGAAUUCAAUUAUCAAACGUAUAAUUGCUCUCUAUGUAAACGUGACCGCCGUUCAUUAUCCCAAAGAUGCCAUUCAGACGCUCUCUCGUUUGCUAUCCAUCAUCGGCACGGCCAUCAACCUAACCGAGAUCCAGUACAACGGAUCGGUCGAGUAUCCUUGUAUCAAGCAGAACACCCGUUACUUUUCCCAGCAAAUCAUGCGCCACCUAGAAACUUCCACUUACUACAGUGUGUCGCUUUGUUUACGAGCCAUCGAACAGAUGCGUUCACCACUGUUGAGGAUGCUCCUGGGCGGAGACCUAAUCCAGAAGCUGACACCCCUUCCGGUAGACCUUCCUUCCACUGCUUCCUAUCUGAAGCAUUUGGUCAAGGGCAAGUGGAAAGGUUUUCGGCUAGAUAAUCCUCCGGACAAAGUGGCAUCUCCCGGUGAUCGCUUCCCAUUUCUCGACCCGCGAAAGCAGAGAAAAGCUGCGCACGAAAUCAGCGGACCUCAGUACGUGAACCUUUUGCUGAUAGCCUUUCGAGCCUAUAUGCAGGUCUAUCCGCUGAAAACCUACUUCAAACGUUUGCAACGUACUUCGGAACCCGUUUCUCCAGCGCCGACCUCGAGUCCCAAGAAGCGUUCUCCCGGCAACCGCCGGAAACCGAGAUCUCCGGUAAAAAAACCCGUUACCAGUGGAACACAGCUUAUCCGACGCAAAACCGGUGUCCCUUCGUGCGAUUCGCCUGCUCUUAUCCUGGAGGAAAUCUGUGUCACUCCGUCCCUGUUCACACACUACCGGGACGAGGUGAAGCAUUUGCUGUUGAUGAAACGGUGGCUUCAGACCAAAGCGGGUACAGCCGGCCAGGUGGAACGGGACCUGUUCGCACCUUGGCGCCGGUAUCUGGCGACCAUCGACGAAAUGUUAGAUUGUGAGUAACAAAAAUGUGGGUUAGGGGUUAUUUGUCAUUCCAUCCAAGUGAUAGUUCGAUAUGUUUUUUGAUUGCUUGAAUAUAAUGAGCUAUUUAUUCGA